AUGAACGUUGAACAAUCAGUUUCAGAUGGUGCAUAUAUUAUCGACUGUCCUUUUUUAUUUUUUCAAGCACAUAAGAAAACUUUCUCCAACAAGUUGAACAUUGUUAUCAGGCUUGAAUGCAUAGGUGGAUCCAAUGCUUUAGGGUGGGGUCUCCCCUUGAAAUUGACAAAGGAGAAAGCAACCGGCCAACUACUUGCCUCCACUCUCAGCCUUAAACCUCCAUGUUCAAAGCAAAUUUGGAGCUUCCUCCAAAGAAGCUGUAAACAUUAUGGUCUUUUUUCAAUCAUAUACUUUAGAUCCACUUCAAAAACAAUCUUUUCUAUGGUUCAUAAUAACUCUCCUCUAGGAAUUCAAAGAUCCUCAUCUAAAAGUCAUCAUGGCAACGGAAAUUUUUCGUAAGUUGGAUAAACAAGUGGAGCAAGACAACAAGUAUGCAAAGUUCAUCUCUGUGUCAACUUUUGUGUUUCUUCCCGAACUAGUAUCUAGUUUGAUAGUUUAAUAUUUUGAAUAAUUAAUAGCAUAAUAUUUAGACUUCUUAAGCCUUUUGAGAUAUUUUGUUUUAAAUUUUAAUAAUAUUGUUGUAA